AAAUAAAUACUUUGAUGUAUAAACGACGACCAUGUCAACCGUAACACAAACACGAGAAUGUGAGAUAGAAUUGGCGCGCUUGGCAGCCAAACAGCACCGAACCUACCGAUAACACAGCUGAAACUGUACUGUUCUAUCAUGCGAAAUAAAAUUUGAGUGAGUUGAUAUUGUGGCGGCAUUCAAUACUCACAACAACGUCAGUCGAUUCAGGCUAAAAGGAAAGGGCGGUAGGCUGUUUUGUGUGUAGCAUAAGUGAAUUUGUUUCGAUUUUUUUUUUCUCUGCCUCUCGCCGUUGUUGUGCAUUUGUUUUGCAAACAUUUGCAUACAUUGAUAUGAAUGAGGAACGAGGGGGAAAAAAUCGGACUUGUUUUUGGCAAUUGACAUAUUUGGUGUGGUGUAAUGAGUGGUCAUUUUAUUGGAUAAGAAUUAUUGUUGACCAAAGGAUGCAAUACCGAAAUUCGGGUGCAAAUAUUUUGCACAUAAUUCACAAGUCAUUAAGAUUUGGAUUCGGGCGUUCUUCUUUCCGUAUUAUCCACGAAAAAAUGAAGAAUAUCUGAAGUAUGAAAAUCGCGUAGGUUUUGGGUUUACAAAAAAUAUAUAUUAUUAUUUAUUAUCGAUGCUAACGGACAUAUAUAUAUAUAUAUAUAUAACGACAAAAGCCUAUUUUGAGGAGUUUAUUUGCGCAUUUCACAGAUACAGAAUCGCAUUCAGUUUACAUUUUUCAUAGUUGUUGUCGUUGUCGUUGCUGUUCUCAACAUGCAUCGGGUAUUUAGAGUGUUCCAACACCACCUUGUGUAUGAGAGUUAGAUGAAGAUGUAUGUGCGUCGCACAAUAUAUAUACACCGAAAGAAGAAGAAACAAAAUCACCACGAUAGAAUGCACAGGAAGAUUCAGAGUGGGAUAGAUCGACAUCAGUUUACAUUUCAACACACACACAUACCAAUAUGCAUACACAACACCCGAAUCGCGAGCGCACCGAAAAUUGGCCGAAAUAUUACGUACAACAACAAUAACUGCAGAAAAAUAGACGUGGCAUAGCGAGAGUCAUUUAGCGAAUCAAAUUUGGAUCAAUUGUUAUCGUGUGCGUGGUUAAUUAAAUGCAUGACCGGCAGUACGAUUUAGUUGCAGACGAUGCAAACAACAGCAACAACAACAAUAAUAACCACAACGACCGAAAAAUGCUUCCACGAAUCUGUCAUUUGUUCCGAUUGAAAUAUGUGCUGUUUGGAUUGUUGGUGAUUUUUCUAUUGGAUUUUUUCGGUGCAUUUACGCAUAUGUUUGAAGAAGAUUUCCAUGCAUCAUUUGAAUACCCAUUGAAUGAUCCGAAUAUACCGCACUAUGCGAAGCAGCUGCGAAAUGCAAAGCAACCUGAUGUCAAACCAAUCAAUGGCUAUAAUUAUACCUACGGGUAUAAUUGUCGACAGAAAUGUCGUGACGAAGAUGAUGCAAUGAUCGUUCCACGGCUGGUUUUUAUCGUAAAAUCGGCUAUGAAUCAUUUCAGUCGUCGCAGUGCGAUACGUCAAAGUUGGGGCUUUGAAAAGCGAUUCUCCGAUGUGAUCAUUCGGACCGUGUUUACGCUUGGUGUUAUCGACGGUACAACACUCGAGCAUCAAGAUUUACAAACUGCCAUCGAUAGAGAGCACGAACAAUACGAUGACAUCGUUCAGGCAAAUUUUAUUGAUUCAUAUUAUAAUAAUACGAUAAAAACGAUGAUGGGCUUGAGAUGGGCCAUUGAAUAUUGUCCACGUAGCCGAUUUUUUAUGUUUGUUGACGAUGAUUUCUAUAUUUCUACCAAAAAUGUACUCCGAUUUUUACGCAAUCCAAUUAAUUAUCCGGAAUAUUUGGAGGAUGCCGAUGAAACGCUACGUAAACUAGCCAGACGACUAAGCCAAUCGGAUUUAUUGACGAAAAAUCAAUCGUUGAACAACGAAUAUGAAGUGGGUGAGAUUAAAAAUUUAAUCGACAAAAAUUCGAUACACACAAUCGAUGGCAAAGAUCAUAUGAAACGAAUACAAGAGUAUGUUGCCAAAGCCGAGACAUUGACACAGAACGAUAGAAAGGGACGACAAUUGCUUGACACCGAAUUACCAUAUGAUGUCAAAUUAUUUGCUGGUUAUGUUUUCUCAUCGCAUCCACAUCGACACAAGUCCAGCAAAUGGUAUGUUUCACUGGAUGAAUACAAAUGGCACAAGUGGCCAACAUAUGUCACUGCCGGCUCAUUUAUAUUGUCACGUGAGGCGCUCAUCGAAAUGUACUAUACCAGCAUGUAUACAAAACACUUUAGAUUUGAUGACAUUUAUUUGGGCAUCAUAGCGUUAAAGGCAAACAUUGAACCAUUGCACUCGGAGGAGUUUUACUUCCACAAGGCAAACUACAUUGGGCCACAGAGCUAUCGAUAUGUCAUUGCUUCGCAUGGCUAUGAUGAUCCCAAUGAAAUGCUUCGUAUAUGGACAUCCGCCAAAGCGUCCGGUCAUGCAUAAGAUCCAAUACCAAGAAAAUGAUGUCAAAAACCACGAGAAUCAAACUGCAAACUGCAUACAACUAUUCAAAAUAACAUUCUGUGAUUGAUUUUCAGAUAUUUUUCUUUUUUUUCCUUUCGAAUCGAUUAAAACGAAAACGAAUACAAAAACGAUUUAGACAAGUAGAUUUUGUUUGUAUCACGGGGAAGAUCUUAAUAAUAAACAUAAGCAAAGAUACAUAUAGGCACACAUGAUACCAUAUUAGCCUAUAGCGUAUAGGUACAUACCGAUAUGAUUUUAUAGCUUUUAAAAUUUAGAAUAAAAUGCAGAAUUAAUCGAA